AUGGAGGCAGGUUGGCCAUUAAUAAAGUUCCUCUUCCCUCAGGUCCCGUCUAUGAGCUGGGCAGCGACACAGAAUGCCUUGGGAUUGACAGACACGUCGAAGUUCUGGGACACUCGGACAGCGGUCACCGUCCAUGUCUUGCGAUCACUCAUGAGCAGCGAGGGGAAGAAGGAGAUUCCGUCGAUAUCGAAGAUUCAGAAAGGCACACUACGAGAUCCAGGCGUUAAGGGAAAGACAUGGGUCGCCACGGCCACGAUUGCGAAGCCGCCGCAAGAGGAGGGUGAUUUGAGGGAGGCGAUAUUCGCGGCCGUCGAUGCGAUGAAGAAGGAGGAGGUCACGUAUACCAAGCCGGAGUGUGAGGAUAUCGAGGUGGAGUGGACGGGGCAUAAGCCCAAUGCUGCCAACGGGGAGCCUUUGCCGGAUAUCAGUGAGGAGGAGAAGUACAAGCGUAUGAUGGCUGAGCCGACCAGGACGAGCGAGACGACGAUGCUCUACUUCCACGGUGGAGCAUACUACCUUUGCGACCCUCGAACACAUCGCGCACUCACCAGCCGUCUGGCGAAAGAGAGCAACGGCCGCGUCUGCUCAGUCCGCUACCGCCUCGCACCACAAACAGCAUUCCCCGGCCAACUCAUCGACGCCCUCAUGGUCUACCUCUCCCUCCUCUAUCCUCCACCCGGCAGCAUGCACGCCGCAGUCCCCGCCGAACACAUCGUCCUAGGUGGCGACAGCGCAGGCGGAAACCUCUCCUUCGGCCUCCUCCAACUGCUCCUCCAAAUGCAACGCUCAGCCUCCGGCGCAGUCCCCGUCGUGAGAUUCCGCGGCCGCGACGUCCACGUCCCUCUCCCCGCCGGCGUCUCCGCCAACUCCGGCUGGUUCGACAUCUCCCGCGCCAUGCCCUCCCUCGAACACAACGCAAAAUACGACUACCUCCCUCCCGCCACGCAUGAUGACGCAGUCUCCCGCUUCCCUAAAGACUCCAUCUGGCCCACCACCCCUCCGCGAGGAGACCUCUUCUGCGACCUCUCCCUCCUAGACCACCCCCUCGCCUCCCUAGUCCUCGCCGAAUCCUGGGAGAACUCCCCACCACUAUGGAUGUGCACUGGCUACGAAAUGCUCGCAGACGAAGACUGCCUCGUCGCGAGCCGCGCCGCGCAGCAGGGCGUGAAAGUACAAUUCGAGCAGUACGAGGCUAUGCCACAUUGCUUCGCCAUGUUGAUCCCGCAUUUAGAGUCGAGCAAUGCGUGUGUGAGGAAUUGGGGCGACUGGGCGAGGCGGUGUGUGGAGACGCCGGGGCAGAUGGGGACGAGUGGGAGGCUGGUGCAUGCGAGGCCGGGGAAGGAGGAUCAGAGGGUCGAUGUGGAGAGGAUGCCGAGUGUUAAUUAUGAUGAGGCUUGGGGGCUGGUGAAGGCGGCGAAGUUGAAGAGGUUGGUCGGGUGGGAGAAGGAGGGGAAGGGGAUGCCGAAGGCUGCAUUGUGA